AUUACUACAUGUAAUCCCGAUCCAUGUGCCCUCUUUUCGGGGCAAGCUCAACACAGGAAAAAAAAAUGGCUGCAUUUUCUCUCUCUAACUUCUCUCCGGUUCCUGCUGCAAUUCAAUGCUCCUCUUCAUCUUCUUCUUCGCAGCUUCGGAGCAGAAGAAUAUUCCUCAAAAUUGAGGCUUUCGCUUCAUUUUCAGCUAAUUUGCCGCCUUCAUCUUCAAAUCCUAAAGUCGUCGUGACGAGAGAGCGCGGCAAAAACGGCAAACUUAUUGACGCUUUGGCAACUCGUGGGAUUACCUCUCUGGAGCUUCCGCUGAUUCAGCAUACGAGGUUACCUGAUUCAGACAAGCUUUCUUCCGUAUUAAGGAGCACUUCAUUCGACUGGAUCAUCAUAACUUCACCCGAAGCUGGUGUAGUUUUUCUCGAUGCGUGGAAAGCUGCAGGAACACCGAAAGUUAGGGUCGGAGUUGUUGGAGCUGGUACAGCGAGUGUAUUCGAGAAACUUCAGCCUCCGUCAAAACAAAGCCUGAAUGUGGCCUUUUCACCAUCAAAAGCUAUUGGCAAGGUUUUGGCAGCUGAGCUUCCGAACGACGGAAACGGAAGGUGCACUGCUUUGUAUCCCGCUUCUGCAAAAGCUGGCCAUGAAAUCGAGGAAGGUCUCGCAAAGCGUGGGUUUGAGGUUACAAGACUGAACACAUAUACCACGGAGCCCGUAAAUAAUGUGGACGAGAAGAUUUUGGAACAAGCACUUUCUGCUGCUGUUAUUGCUGUAGCAUCACCUUCUGCAAUUCGGGCUUGGAUUAGCUUAAUACCGGAAACACGAAAAUGGGAUAACGCUGUUGCGUGUAUCGGGGAGACAACUGCCGUUUCUGCCAAGAAACAGGGGUUGAGGAAUGUAUACUAUCCCGAAAAUCCAGGCAUUGAAGGGUGGGUUAAUAGCAUUUUGGAAGCCUUACAAGUCGAAAACCAGUUGCAGAAGAUCUAACCAUGUACAUCUGCGGUAAUGUAUCUAUGAGGUAGCCAAGGAUAUAUAUAUAAAUUCGGUUAACGACAUUUUUUUAGAGCGAUUAAUGUUAAUUAAUAUCUCGAGUGUAAAUAUAUUUUUUCAUUACCCAAAAUAAAAAUACCUAUCUUGAUUU